AUGGUACGACAACGGCCACGAAAGUCCAUCGAGGAACUAUAUGCGUCAAAAUUCGAAGCGAAUUCAAUGAAAUCUCAAGUAAACAAUAGCAUACUAAAGAAUUCGCGAGACCGCGGAGAAUACGGAGCUUACAUUAUCACUUCGAACACGCCAUACAAUACCAACUGUCAAGCGGCGUCCGCCAACGCAGCUAAUCUGAAUGCAAACGGUGCCCCAAUGGGAGCCAGCAGCAUGACGACUGGCCGACGAAAGAGCGCGCGCCCCGGUAGCAGCAGUACGAAGCCAGACAAGUAUUUCGGCAAGGAGGAGAAAGCACUGAAUCUGGAUGAUAUCAAGAAAGAUCAUAGCAGUGCUGCAAAAGCUAAAACCACGCGACCGGAGAAGAACAGCUAUGGUGCAACAUCGGCGGUGUACAAUGUGCCAAACUUGUUCGACAAUAAGAACUAUGUGAACUUUGCCGAUAGUAGUGGUCAAAAAGAACAUGCCAAUCAUCACCAUCAUCAUCACGCAAGAAAUCACGACGAUGAUAAGGACGAUGACACUGAGGAGUUUUUUGAACUCAUACGCCAAACCGUGGAAAACGCUAUUGGGAAAUCUAUCUCAGAUUUACUUAAUCGGAAUUUUCGUGAACUAUCGGCAAAGGUCGAUCGCUUUUCAGCUGAACUGAAAUCCACCAAUGCCUUGCUGAACAAACUUCAAACUGAUAUUAAUAACAAGGUUGUCCACUAUGGCGAGGAGAAUUCGCGACACUUUAGGUAUCUUUGCAUGAAGUCGGAAUAUGACAAGAUGUUCUACCAACACCAUACGAUGCUGGCAUCCACGUCAGGGACUCAACCAACUGCUGCACCAAAUCCACCUGCAGCGCAACCCCAGAAACAUUGUAGCGGAUCGAAGCCAAGUACAUCGAUCAAUGAAUGUGAAAAGGCACAAAAUUCCUGUUCCUGCCGCAGCACUAUAAAAUCGUCGCCCUCGGAGCCCCACAAGACCUCUUCUGAAGAGCGCAGCAUUGGUCAAAAGUCAUCCGAGAUUGGAAUGCGGGAAGUGCUGGAGCACAUUCAACGCUUCUGCACUCAAAUGCAAAUGAGUGAACUAAAAUGCGACGAUCAACCAUUGCCCAAAAGCAACAGCUACCGCUUGGAAGAAGCCAUGAAAAUCAGCAAGCCCGUCUUCGAUGAGGAUGACGAUGAAUUUCAAAUGAGCUCAGAUGGCAUGACGCCGCGCAGCGACGAACACUUGCACCACAGCAAGUAUGGCGGUACGACAAUGCGUAGUGGCAGUACAGCACGUGGCGGCAACGGAGGCGGAGACGCCUAA